UUGCCAAUAUGAUCAGGGAUCGAGCCGAGCCGGAAGACGAUUGGGAGCUGCACCCUUGUGUUUGCAUGGCGUCAUUCAGCAACUACAGAAGAGGAAAAAAGAAUGCCAGAGAGGCAGAGUACACCUCUCAUCUUGAAUCUGAAACCAGCGACGAAGAUAUCACAGCUGAGGUUGACCUGCCAGCUAAACGAAGAAUGCAGCUUCCGUCACCACCGCAUACGAUCGACAACACAGUCUGCAGUUCGGGACGCGCAUCACUCUCACCGCCACCGCUGGGCAGUAUGUGCAUCACUGAAGCUACACAAUCUCCUGGACCUUGCUUCUCACCCGAAGCAAGUGACGCUGUAAGCCGCAGCAGUCAGGCUGGAAGAGAUGACCCUGACGGAAACCUGACUGCGUAUCAGAAGAAGCUACUGAAGCUGGUGCUGGACAUUAAAGCAGCGCUCAGAGACUUGUCACAAAGGGUUGCAGCACUCGAAGGAACAGCAGCACCAGUCUACUCCUGUGAUGUCCUGGAGCAGAUUCUGCAGGAGCCACUUAGCAGUCUUAGGGACUGGGAAAUUUUAGAGGAAAAGCUACAGGACAAUGCCACAAGGCAGAACCUUGUGGAUCGCCUAGCUGUCCUUGGGGGCAGUUCCCUGAACGAUGUUGUAAGAAUCAUUAUGGAGACCUGCACAAGGAAGUCUGUUCAGCAACAACUGACUGUUGAAGGCCGCAAUGGCAAAAGACCAUUUAAAGGAACAAGGCUGUUUUCUUGCGUGUUGGCUGCAGUUCACAAACGCAUGGGUGUUUUGAAGGUGGGGGUCACCGACAAAGAAAUCUGCGCAAGGAUAAGUCGAUACCUGGCUUCUGCGGGUGACCGCGAGGGCGGCAGGAAGGAACGCACAAAGAAUGCCAUCGUUGAAGCUUCCGAAGGAUGCACCAUCGAAACGUCGUGCGACUUUCGAACUCGAAGGCUCCAAAUCACAUCAGGCACAACCGUGCGUGACGACACGGGGAUCGAGCCUGUCUGGCAGAUACAGACCACUGGUGGCCCAUUCCUCUCCAACUACACAGCAAUUGAAACCACUUGCGGUACGACUCUCCACGUUGAGCAUGAUGCCUUCCCGCCAUGUACACCACAGCAAGAAAGGAAGUUCUUGGUGUUUGAGAGCUGCUUGCUUGAGCUCUUUCGAACGUGCCCACAAUGUUUCUCCACCUGCUCCACCAAAAUCACCACGCAAGGCACCAUGAUAUCAGUGAAGAGCCAGUGCCGUCAUGGGCAUGUGCGAAGCUGGGACAGUCAGCCUGUGGUAAAUGGGAGGCCAACUGGAAACUUCCUCCUCUCGGGUGCCAUGUUCUUCUCCGGGGUUAAUGUUGCUCCCACUUUGCGAAUGCUCAAGCAUAUCAAUGUCGAAACAUUCAGGCUGACAACAUUCUACAAAUACCAGAGCAGCUUUCUUGUUCCAGUUGUUGAGAAGGUAUGGUGUGCAGAGCAAAAGGAGCUCCUCGACCAAUUGAAAGGCCAGGCUGUUGACGUGUCAGGGGAUGGAAAGUGCGAUUCACCAGGUUUUUCCGCAUGA